CAGUGCAUGUUGGAUAGUGUACCUUGGAAAAUAUAACGAUAUUUUUGAGAGUUCGUUAAUCAUGGGCUGUAUUGUUGCUCCGAUUUUUUAAUGAUGUUAAUCAAUGCAUGUUGGAAAGUGUAUCUUGAAAAAUACAACGAUAUUUUUGAGAGUCCACAUAACUAAUCAUGGGCUAAAUUGUUGGAUAGUAUCUUCAUUUUGGUGAACAUUUGAGUAUAUUCAUGCAAACAGACAUUAUAAGAGUAGUUUGAAGUAGUUCCUAUAUGAAAAUCUAAUAAUUGAACACCACCCACCCCCACCCUUUCUAGUGUUUUGAAUAUGUGCACAUCUUUCAAUGACAUUGACCUAUGCAUGGGAUAAAGGUGACUGCAAAUUUUCCUUUUGCUCUGUUCUAAGCGCAUGCUUCACAAGUCUCUGCUGAUUUUUGUCUCCUUUUCCUGCAAAGAAUGUUUUCCCUUUUCUUUUCCCUCUUUCUUUUAUUUUGUACUUCCUUCUGUCCAAAAUAAUAAUCGAGGAUUUAGCUUCUAAAAAUUAAUUCAAAAUAAUUAAAAUUUUAGUUUUUUUUUUUUUUAAAUUUACCUUAGACACAUUCUCAUAUUUCAUAAUAAUUAUGUCUUUCUAAAAAUAAAGAAAACCAUAAUUAAGGAUAUGUUAAGAAAAUCAUAAUUAAAGGUAUGUUAGUCAAUAGCUCUCUUAACUUUGGGAUUCAAUAAAUUCUUCAAUUUAUGUGCCCAAGUUUAAAAACCUCAAUUAUUUUGGACAAUAGGAAGUACCUUUUACUUUUGGAUUUAUUACAAAUUAAUUACUUCCCUAAAAAAGUGUUCUAGUAUAUUUGUGGCUUUGCUGGAAAAGAUCAAGACUUGAAGUGCUAGCACUCUUGCAUCAUUUUAACAUUUUAAGAAGGUACAACAAUGCCACGAUCAAGGGGAUCAGAAAUGCCUCAAAGGCAAUCGCCUCGAGGUCCUCCACAACUCAGAACAUCAAGCUCUGAUUCCGAUCCUCUACACCAUCGGUCAGUGCCUGACCGGAGUCCUAAAUUAGGCGAUCGUCGCUCUCCACGAGGUGCUCAAUCUGAUCCACUGAACCAAAGGAAACUUGGUACAAGAAUUGCAGAUUUGGAAUCCCAACUUGGUCAAGCACAGGAUGAGCUCAAAUCUCUUAAAGGACAGUUAGCUUCAGCCGAGGCUGCAAAAAAAGCAGCUCAAGAACAGCUAGAGAAGAAAAACAAGAAACCAACUGUUGCUGAGCCUGAACAAAUCCAAGAAACUGACAACAACAACGACGACGAUAACAAAAACAAUCCAACUCAUGAAAUUCCAGAUAAUGAUGAACUGAAAGAAACUGAUGUUUUUGAAGUUCCAGUUGAGAAGGUAACUGUGGAGCGUCCUCCAAAUGUUGAAAUUAGCCACCCCUCUACUGAAUUUGAACCAGAGAAACCAUCAGUCGAAGAGCUGAAUUUGAAAGAUGAAGGAAUAAGCUCAUUGAAAUCCAAGUUGGAGGAGAAAGAGAAAGAGGUUCAGGCUUUUUGCCAAGAAAAUGAGAGCCUGAAGAAGGAGUUGAACGAAAAGAUGCUAGAGAUAUUGUCCGUUAAGGCCAAGGAAGACGAAAUGACCCUCAAGCUAAACCAAGUAACACAAGAGCUUGAAACAAGCAAGAAUGAUGGAGUUAACAUAAAGGAGAAACUCGAAGCCACUGAAAAGGUGAAAGAGGCAUUAGAAAAUGAGAUGAAGAAACUAAGAGUCCAAACAGAACAAUGGAGGAAGGCUGCAGAUGCUGCUGCAGCAGUAUUAGCGGGAGGAGCUGUGGAGAUGAAUGGGAAAAGGAUAUCGGAGAGGUGUGGAUCAAUGGAUAAGCACUAUGGUAAUGUAUUUGAACCAGCUGUUGGAGGAUAUGGAAGUUACAUGGGUUCGCCGGGGUUGGUUGAUGAUUCUGAUGAUGUUUUCGCACAUGGUAAGAGAAAAGGUUCUGGUAUUAAGAUGUUUGGUGACCUCUGGAAGAAGAAGGGCCACAAAUAAGUGUCGUUUAGAUUAAGAAAAAUGCCUGUCAUGUUUUGCCAGCAAAAUGGCCGCUCGCCAUUUUAACAUUCUUGGCUAAUGUAUGAAUCUUCUUCUUGGCAUCUGGCCAAUAGUACUACUAUAAUGCUGAGUUUAGAUUUCUGUAUUUGUAGUCUUAUAUCUUUGUCAUUCAGGGCAGUGUGUUUAGAUCCAUAACUGCAGGUCUGUGUGGUGGAUGACAAUUCCGGUGAGCAUGAUUCAUAUUAAGGCUUCAUUUUUACUAAUGAACUUUGCCCUUGAUCAGCUAUCAGUUGAUCACAAGAA